ACCCCCCUCGGGGAUUCGCGUUUUCCGUAACAAAAUAGCAAAGCUCUGAACUGUCCGCAGCCCCGGCCGCUAGCAAGUGGAGGGUCCUGGGACCUAGGACGCUGGCCCGGAGUGGGAAACACCGGCAGGCCGUGAAGAGGCCGGGUCGGCAGCUGAGGCGCGCGGGGGUGGGCUCUGCAGCCGCGGGUUGUUUAUCUGGAGUACGGAGGGGAGGGGGGAGCCUGGAAACCGCCCCGUGUCCCAUUUCCUCCUCUUGUUUUCGCUCCGGAUUCUCCAUGUUGGACCCAAACUGAGGAGCCCGGAGCUGCCACCGGGGGAUCGGGGCCGGGGGCACCCGGGGGAGCCGCUGCCCGGGCCGCCCGCCCUCCGUCCAGGCCGCCUCCCUUCCCGGCCUGGGGAGGAAACGAGAAGGGGGAUGUGAACAGCGGUGGGAGUCGGAGACUCGGGAGCCAGAGCGGAGCGGGUCCCCGCCCAGGCCCCCAGCCCAGCCCUGCCCAGCCCGCGCGCCCUCCCGUCCUCCCGCCCAGCCAGCCCGGGCCCGCGGAAUUGUUAGAUGGAACACGGCUCCAUCAUCACCCAGGCGCGGAGGGAAGACGCCCUGGUGCUCACCAAGCAAGGCCUGGUCUCCAAGUCCUCUCCUAAGAAGCCGCGUGGACGUAACAUCUUCAAGGCUCUCUUUUGCUGUUUUCGUGCCCAGCAUGUUGGCCAGUCCGGUUCCUGCACUGAGCUUGCUGCAUACAAGGAAGAAGCCAACAUCAUUGCCAAGUCGGAUCUGCUCCAGUGUCUCCAGUACCAGUUUUAUCAGAUCCCUGGGACCUGCCUACUCCCAGAGGUGACAGAGGAAGAUCAAGGAAGGAUCUGUGUAGUCAUUGACCUGGAUGAAACCCUUGUACACAGUUCCUUUAAGCCAAUCAACAAUGCUGACUUCAUAGUGCCUGUAGAGAUUGAGGGGACCACUCACCAGGUGUACGUGCUCAAGAGGCCUUAUGUGGAUGAGUUCCUGAGACGAAUGGGGGAGCUCUUUGAAUGUGUUCUCUUCACUGCCAGCCUGGCCAAGUAUGCUGACCCUGUGACAGACCUGCUGGACCGGUGUGGGGUGUUCCGGGCCCGCCUGUUCCGGGAGUCCUGUGUGUUCCACCAGGGCUGCUAUGUCAAGGACCUCAGCCGCCUGGGGAGGGACCUGAGGAAGACCCUCAUCCUGGACAACUCGCCUGCUUCUUACAUCUUCCACCCAGAGAAUGCAGUGCCUGUGCAGUCCUGGUUUGAUGACAUGGCAGAUACUGAGUUGCUCAACCUGAUCCCAAUCUUUGAGGAAUUAAGUGGAGCAGACGACGUCUACACCAGCCUUGGGCAGCUGCGGGCCCCUUAGCCUUCGUGCUUCCAAGCAGUGGCUAUCCCAGCAGGGGACUUUGCUACACUGUGCCUUUUUGAUCAGCCUGACAGACUGAGCGAAGCUGGAGCACCUCAGCAGAUGGGGCCCAGAAAUAGAUGUGAUUGGAAAGAGCUUUAGGGCAGAUUAGAUACCAGCUGGGUAGAUCAGACCAACAAUAUCCAGAGAUACCGGUUCCAAGUUAGGUUCCCGAGAUAGAUGUGUGUGAGAGAGAGAGCGCAAGAGUCUUAGGAAGUACUACAGACCCAGGGAAUUCAGUGUUUCAAUGGGGAAGAAGCUGAAAGAUCAAGACUUUUUUUCCCAAGUUGGUUCAUCUCUCCUGCCACCCUAUGAGCCACUGAGCUUUACUGGGAUAAAGACUGUUGUCGCAGGCUCUGUUGCCAAACCAUGGCCUUUCCUCGGGGUUGGAAGGCCUGUGCAAAGGAGAAAGGAGGGGUCAGAGGCUGCCUUUGGAUGCCCUAGGCACACACCUUUCUGAAAACUCUCAGCCCAGUUGCUGCAAACAAAAAGAUGCCAUUUCUGGGAAGAUGAAGACUUGUUUCCAGAACCAGUAACCCCGUGACUGUCAGGUCCUGUGGCCCAAGGGUUGCACUUGCCUCCUGCCGGGUGCCUGCCAUGGGCCCCUGUCUAUGUCUCCCCAAGGUUUGGGCACUGGGUCUGCCUUCCUCACCACCUAGCCAUACUCUGAUCCCGUGGGGAAGGUCUUCUGCCUGCCCUGGAAGACAGAUAACUGAUUUCUCUUCUUUUGACUCUUAAAAUUCUAAACUUGGAGCAUUGGGCCUGGCUUGUUUCUGGCAAAGCUGUGAUCCUGGGCCUGAGAUGAAUGUGGGAGGUGUUUGGGGUAUAGGGAAGAGGUAAAUCCCCAAAGCAGAGUAUGUGUCCUCUUGGCUUGUUAGAUGAGCUGGGCUUCUUUCUGUAAGUCUGCUCUUCAGGGAUUCUCUGCUGGUGCUGGCGAAGGGACUUUGGUUCCAAAGGCUGAGAAAGGCUUUCCAAGCUGCCCCAGCCCCUCCCAUUGCUUGGGCAGGGUGCUUUGCUAUUGUGUCUUCCCUGGGCGGCUUCUGUCCAGUGCUGAAAUCUGUCCAGUACUGAAGUCUGUCUGUUCCUGUGUUCAUCCCUCCUGGCUGUCACUCUUCCUCUCAGAGGCUCAAAACUGCUUUUCCAGAACUGAGGGGGACGGAUGUUCUUAACAUUUUGUUUGCCAGCCUUCUGCCCCCAGUAACGGCUGAGUGAACCCCUCACACACCUGCACUCUUGGGUGUCUUUUGCUUUCAAAGAUUGUUAAUAGUGGGCCGGGGAUUUAGCUCAGUGGUUUUGCCCCCUGCUGCGCAAGUGCAAGGACCCGAGUUUGAUCCCUGGUAACGAAAAAAAAAAAAAAAUUGUUAAUAGUGAAUGCUUUAAAAAAUAGUCCUAAAAUGGAAGUUUCCCCUGGGCUGGAAAACAGAGGAGGAAGUGCUGCUGUAAUUGGGAGCACAAGGGGCCCUCCAGAAGGUGCCCAACCUCAGCAUCACUGCCUUAAGGCCUCCCCUGGGGCUGCUGGAUGGGGCUCUCCUCCCUCCUGGGAUAGGAGGCAGGUCCUGUCCCCAUCUCUGUUGCCUGGAGGCAGAUACCGUAAAGCAUUUGUGAAUCGCUUCCGGUGCAGGUAUACUGCCCACUCAGGACUCAUCCUGUUAUCCUUUUCAGUUUCUACACACUAGACCCAGCUUCAGGAACUGCUAACCAGUUUGGAGAUACCAGGUGGUGGAGCAGCAGCUCAGUAUUCUGAGUGAUAGCUGGCUGGCUGGGUCUUUUGUGGUACCACCUUCCCUCCUUGUCCCAAUGUGGGAUGCCUUGUCUUCCUCUUUGUUUUCACAGAAGUGAAACAGAGCACCCAGCCCUCCUGUGGUCAUUCCUCCAGCAUAAUUCCCUGUGCUUGUGGGGUCCCACCACAGGUGAAGGGCAGAGGGCUCCAGGUGCUAGCCAGGAAGGCCAUCUGAAGGAAGGGGGAUGCUUAGAAGCUAAGGCCAGCUGUGACUUCAGACCCAGGUCCUGGCCACCACUGCCAUUCUAAUAUUGCAGGAGCAGCUUCUUUCCCAACCCCUACCCUGAGGGUUAGCCCUCAGCCAAGUCUUCUGUCACUUGGCCUGGCCAAGCUUUUCUGACUAAGCAAUAAGAGUCUCGAAGCUGAUUGAGUUCCAAGAACCCUUUCUCUGCCCUCUUUUGGAUAUCCAUGUAUUCCCACACAGAGAGCCUGUGCCACCCCUAUUCCUAUCAGGCUUGUCCCAUGCUUCAAGUGUGACCUGUGACCAAAGCCUAGAAUGGCUUGGUAGGAGUGUCCCUGCUGCUUCUGCAUGAAGCCCCAGCUUUCCAGUCCCUGCUCCUGUCAGAACCCCACCUGCUCCCUUGCAGGUUUUCCUUGGAAAUGCCACCUCCACUCUCCCUUCUUUCCUCUCCUGGAGAAGCAGUGUGGCCAGAUCUAAACAAGCCCAGUCCAUGGGGACCAGCACCAGCCUAAAGUCAUCAUUUGCUGUCUGCUUUCUAGCUUCGCAGUGUAUUGGGGCAAGUGGUGAUUGUGAAGCUUGAGGAAUCAGGCAGACUUAACUUCUGGAGGAGGGCAAGACUGAGAGGAAGCCACUUCUGCAGUCUGUGCUGGGGCUUGCCACCAGCCUGUCCCACUUGAGACUGGUCUUUGGGAAUCAGUAGGCUACCGUGCCUGGUGUCAGCACCAACUCAAGCCAUGCCAGAAUCUGCCCACCUGCCAGGUUCAGUUCUUUAAGGUGCCUCUUCAGGGACACAGUGUGUCUCUCUGAUUGGGCUUCUAAAUCAAAAGCCUGAUGUUCUUGUCCCUCUUAUAGGGGGAGCUUUGGACACAGGACCAGUUCAGUAAAGGGUCAGAUAUGGGUUUCCUCUCUGCACAUUGUAGAGGGGACACUCUGUAGGCCCAUCGGUCCCUUGCUAGAGUGUUUGCCUUCAGUUAACCUGGGAACUUUUGUUUAGCUCCCUCCUUCCUCCCAAAGACUUUUGUGUAAAUGUAUAAAUUCAACCGUUAACAGUGGCCCAGAAGCUUCCUUGUACUAAAAGCAUGGGAGUCUCAAGGGAGUCAUUCCCUGGGAAGUGGGCCCCAUGCAGUUCUGCUGCCCCUCUCGAGUCCUCAUUAGUGGGGCAGCCCCGUGUACAGUUGGCCUGCAUCGAACAGCCCAGCCAGGCCAUGUAUUUGAGAAAGGUAAGCCCACUUUCCCCUUCCGGUCUUCAGUUGGUUGCUUAACCAUUAUUGUCCUUCAACCACCUUUUUUCUAAAAUAAGGGGGCUUGGUUUUGUCUUUCUCCUUUUUUAAACACCAAUAAAUAUCUGCGUAUUUAGGCACUGGAGAGGAGGUGGGGGUCUGGCCAGCUGCCCCCAGGCAGACUCACCUCAGAGCUUCUUUGCUUGUAAUUACCCCAAGUUUGCUGUGAUCCCCUUUCAAGAUGCCAUUUGGAGGGGAGAAGGUCUGCUUCCCACUGUGCCUGGGCUAUGGGAUUCUGACUACCUUGCUUCAUGAUUUGAUAAAUUUGUUGUAUUCAAAAACUUGAAAUGUAGGACGCCAUUAAGUGUCUGUUUAUAUUUUUGGAAUAUUUGUAUUACAAUUAAUUAAUAAAAGCAGGUUUGUAAAACCUAUCCAAAUAUGG